AUGAUCAAAAAGUUAGAUCCAUAUCAUUUACAAAUUGUUGCUCAACACUUUUUCUUUGCAGAUGAUUUUAUUAAUAUGAUUCUUGUAUGCAAAAAAUAUUCAUGUAUUUUAGACAGAUUUAGAUACAAUCCCAUACCCAUAACUUCCACCAAAUUAUUUCCAAAUAUAGAAACACAGUAUUUAUAUAACGAGAAAGAUGUCAAAUUGCCAGAAAUAAAACACGUUGUUGUGUUGUACAAAGUUGAUAAUUGGUAUGCAAAUAGUCAUUUAAAAGAGCCUAAUAUCACAUUUAAAAACCUUCACGUUACUGUAAAGGACACUGAUAAAAUUACAAAAGAAGACGAACUGAUUCAACUAAUGGAAAACACAAACAUUAGAAAUUAUGGCUCUCGUGUUUUUAACUCUUUUUAUUUUGACACUUUUAAAGUUCCAAUUCAUAUCACAAACCUUGAAAAAUGCGCUUUUAGUGAUUAUGAUGAACUUGAAAGUGUUACUUUAUCUGAAGGUCUUAAAAUUAUUCCAACAAACUGUUUUAGUGGUUGUCUAUCGUUAACAUCGAUACAUAUUCCAUCUUCAAUAACAAAAAUAAUGGAAAACGCCUUUGAAAAAUGUGGAUUUGAAACAUUUGAUAUGCCUUCAUCAAUAUAUUCGAUAGAAAAUGAUGCUUUUAGAUAUUGUGAGAAAUCGAGAGACAUUCACAUCUCACCAAAUGUAAAGAUUAUAUCAAGUGCAACAUUUAUUUUUUGCAAAAAUUUGACAAAUGUAAAACUUCCUGAUAAUUUACAACACAUUCAAGCAUGUGCAUUUAAAAAUUGUAGACAACUUGAAGUGAUCAAAAUCCCAGCAAGUGUGUGUCUUGUUGACAGAGAAGCAUUUAGUGACUGUAUAAAAAUGAAAGAACUUGUUUUUAGUAAUAAUUGUGCUAUUAAAGAACAAGCGUUUGUGAAUUGUACAUCACUCACAAAACUUGUGGUACCAAAUAUUGAAGGAAAAGUUAUUCACAAAAUUUAUAAAGAAGAAAUUCCAAUUUUUAUUAAAUUUUAUGAUAAGUUUGAUUGUGAUACCUACAAUGAUGAAUAUGGAAAAGUUAUUUAUAACAAUUUAAGCCAAGAAGUUUGUUUAUUACUAUUAAAUUUAACAAUUUAA